AACAAAAACUGACAAGAUGAAGUAUUUUAACAAAACUCACCCAAACAACUGGUCGCUUUUGGGGUAUCUCGAAUGGAGAGCAAAUUUCGUUGAUUUUUCCAAUAAGUUGCAUGAACAUAGCGUUUUUUUCGAUUUGGUAAAAAAGAUUUCUGAUGAAGGUGGGGCAAGAGGCGAAAUGGCGAAGUCGAUAUGGAAAGACUUUAAGGAUGAAAAAGAUUUGUUAGAAGUGAAUACUUUUUGGAAUAAUCGUGAUAUAGAACUAGAAAGGAAGAGAAAACUCUGGCAGAUAGAGUCUUCGGAUUUGGACUAUAUAUACACACGAGACCAACAACUAGAAAAGCAUGUUAAGGUUAUUCGAGAAAAUAGGGCGACAGUUGAGCAAACCCAAAGUCAGCUUUCUAAGGCAAAUAUAUCUGUAAUGGAUCUCUCAAGUAUUUUAAAUGAUCCGAGAAAUUCUUAUCCUAUAAUUAAUGGCUCAGAUAACGAUAUUAUAUCAUCUUCUGGAAAUAGCGAAGCACAGCCACAAGACUCACCAGUGACUACGUUAUCUACAUGUGAAUCAGAUAACAACAAAACUGUUAAUAUGAAAUCAAUGAGUAGUAUGCCUUUUAAACCGGCAGUCAAAGGAAGAAAGUAUAUUAACCAUGAUCUAGCAGAUGAGGUGUUAAAGUCAUACCAAAUACACAUUCUUCCCGAUCACAAACUAAUAUACAAUAAUGUUGAUGUUAUGGAAUUCGCACGCUCAAUCAUGAAAAUCACGAAAAAAAAUCAAAUAUCAAAAAGUCCUUUAUCCAUUGGUAUCAUUGAUAUUCACAAUGUCGAAUGUCUUAAAUAUUUGCCUCAAAUGUUCAAGGAAUAUAUAGCAGAUCAAGUGCAAGGUACUGGCGAUUCCAUAUAUAUUUCAGAAGGGAAAGUUAUCAAUAAAUUUUUAGUAGAUUAUGAAGAGGAAGUUUUAAAGUACCUAGAAAAGUUUGAUAACAUUGAUAAUUUAAGGUCAUUAGAGGAGUGUUUAGAUAAAAAUCGAAUCAAUCAUUCUACCUCAUCAAAUGAUCUCAUUUAUGCUGAAAACCUCUUCCUCCAUUUUCUGUUCUUAUACAAAAACGAUGUACUUACACAAUCUCUAACGGAAGCUGAAUUUAACGCAUAUGUCUGGACACCAAUACUUAGAAAUGCUUUCCUUGGAAAGACUGACUUGAGACUAAAAUGUGGAGAAGUAGCGUCCAAGUCAUAUGAUAAAUUGAAAGAAAUUUUAAAUAUUGUUACUCGUGGUGGUCCCAGAUUAGACGGAAAAGGUUUCCUCAAGUCGUUAGGCACCAAAAUUUUAGCGCAGGAAGACGGAGCAAUAAGUAUACAGAGCAAAAGGACAGGAGACCUGCAGAAAUUAGAGUACUGCUCUAAAAUUAUUCUUACGGCAUUAUUUUUUGCGCUACCUUCUCACGUGAAAAAUAGAAUCAAAGAUCUUGAAGUUUAUAGUUUGCAGACAAACGAAUUUCAACUCAAAAUAUCAACAUCCAAAUUUCUCUUUGAGGAUACAAUUGUUACUAUAGAACUUACACGUGUCGAAAUUCCAAGAACUGUGGAAUGUUUUUCGAAGUUAGUAGUUGGUGUCAAAGUAAUAUUGUCCUGGAAGGCACGAACGAGAAAAAAUACGAUGAUGUUUUAUGAUACAUUAAGAGAAGGUCAUAAGCGAUUGUCCGGCAAUGGAGUCCAAUUUUCACCAAUAAAACUUCGGGCAUGGCGCGAUAUCGGUAAAAUUCUUGCCGAAGAAUAUUUUUCGAACCACGUGGGUGGCUUAGAUAUUAUGCCAGUAAGUACAUUAAACUUCCCCGCAGUAACUACGUCACUAUAUCCGGGGCUGUGCGACGACCAGCAUACUCACGAUAUCGCAGUGUGA